CCGGCUGCGGGCGAGCGACGGCGGCGGCGCCGCUCCGCGCCCCGGCAGCCUCCCUCCCAGCGCCCCCCAGCAGCCCGCCGGGCACAGGCAGGAUGGCAGGGAACAGCCUGGUGCUGCCCAUCGUGCUGUGGGGGCGCCGAGCCCCCACCCACUGCAUCUCCAGCCUGCUGCUGCUGGAGGAGGCCUCGGUGGUGGUCACCGGCUGCCACGACGGCCAGAUCUGCCUCUGGGACCUUGGCCCUGGCCUGCAGCUCCAGCCCCGGGCGCUGCUCUUCGGUCACACAGCCUCAGUCACCUGCCUGGCCCAGGCCUCCUGCUGCAGCGCUGAGAGGCAGCAGGUGGUGAGCGCCGCCGAGAGCGGGGAGAUGUGCCUGUGGGACAUCAGCGAUGGCAGGUGCCUGGAGUUCACCAAGCUGGCCUGCACCCACACUGGCAUCCAGUUCUACCAGCUGGCAGCUGGCAGCCAGUGGGAGGGGAGGCUGCUGUGCCACGGCCACUACCCAGAGAUCCUGGUGCUGGAUGCCAGCAGCCUGGAAGUUCUCUACUCUCUGGUGUCCAAGAUCUCUCCUGACUGGAUCAGCUCCAUGACCAUCAUCAAGUCCAGCAGGACACAAGAGGACACCGUGGUGGCAGUGUCUGUGACUGGCAUCCUGAAGGUCUGGAUCCUCACCUCGGAAGCUAACCGACUGCAGGAGCCCAGCCCAGUCUUUGAGGAGGAGUCCAAGCCCAUCUACUGCCAGAACUGCCAGAGCAUCUCCUUCUGCUCCUUCACCCAGCGCUCGCUGCUCCUCGUCUGCUCCAAGUACUGGAGGGUCUUUGAUGCUGGGGACUAUUCCCUGCUGUGCUCAGUCCCAAGUGAGGGCAGCCAGAGCUGGACAGGGGGGGACUUUGUGGCCGCUGACAAAGUGAUUGUGUGGACCGAGGACGGCCAGAGCUUCAUCUACAAGUUACCAGCCAGCUGCCUGCCGGCCAGCGACUCCUUCCGCCGGGACGUGGGGAAGGCCCUGGAGAGCCCGAUCCCGCCGCUGCUCUCCAGCGUGCUGGACAGGGCACACGAGCAGCUGCUGAUCUGCCCCCCCGUGACUCGAUUCUUCCACGGGCAGAGGGCUCUGCCCUGCCAGCUGCUGCUGCAGGGAGACUCCUCGGGCAGGCUGAGCAUCUGGAGCGUGCCUGAGGCUCUGGAGCGGCAGGAGCCUGCUACAGGGCUGCCCAGCAGCAGGUCGCUGUCGCUGCAGGAGGCGUUCGACGGGCUGCGGCCGGCGGGGAUCAUUGACCAGCUGAGCACGGCAGGGGGCGCUGCGGAGCCGCUGCAGGUCACGGCCAGCGUCUACAUCCCGGCGCACGGGCGGCUGGUGUGCGGCCGCCACGACGGCAGCGUCGUCAUCGUCCCUGCCACCCAGACGGCCAUCGUGCAGCUGCUGCGGGGGGAGCACACGCUGCGCAGAGGCUGGCCGCCGCACCGCACGCUGCGAGGCCACCGGAACAAGGUCACCUGCCUGCUGUACCCGCACCAGGUGGCGGCUCGCUACGACCAGCGCCUGCUGCUCUCGGGCGGGGUGGACUUCUCCGUCAUCCUCUGGGACAUCUUCUCCGGGGAGCUCAAGCACAGCUUCUGCGUGCACGGGGGGGAGGUCACCCAGCUGCUGGUGCCCCCCGACAGCUGCAGCGCCCGAGUGCAGCACUGCAUCUGCUCCGUGGCCAGUGACCACUCGGUGGCGCUGCUGAGCCUGCGGGAGAAGAAGUGCAUCAUGCUGGCGUCCCGCCACCUCUUCCCCAUCCAGGUCAUCAAGUGGAGGCCUUCUGACGACUACCUGGUGGUGGGCUGCUCAGAUGGCUCUGUCUACGUCUGGCAGAUGGACACCGGUGCCCUGGACCGCUGUGUGAUGGGCAUCACGGCGGUGGAGAUCCUGAGCGCCUGCGACGAGGCGGUGCCGGCCGCCGUGGACGCCCUCAGCCACCCCGCGGUCAACCUGAAGCAGGCCAUGACCCGGCGCAGCCUGGCCGCCCUCAAGAACGUCGCCCACCAGAAGCUCCAGACCCUGGCCACUAACCUGCUGGCUUCUGAAGCCUCUGACAAGGGCAGCCUGCCCAAGUACUCUCACGACUCGCUGGUGGUGCAAGGCCUGAAGACCCACGCCAGCGACCCCGACCUGCACGUGCUCUUCUUCGACGUGGAGGCGCUGAUCGUCCAGCUGCUGGCCGAGGAGGCCUCCCGGCCCAGCGCCGCCCCGGCCUCCCCCGAGGGCCUGCAGAAGCCUCCCGGCGCCGCCGAGCGGGGCGGCUCCUUCCUGGCCGGCAAGAGGGCGGCCGUCCUCUUCCAGCAGGUGAAGGAGACCAUCAAGGAGAACAUCAAGGAGCACCUCCUGGACGAGGAAGAGGAGGAGGAGGAGGCCUCGAGGCGGAGGAGGGAGGACGGAGACCCCGAGUACCGCGCCAGCAAAUCCAAGCCGCUGACCCUGCUGGAGUACAACCUGACCAUGGACACCGCCAAGCUCUUCAUGAGCUGCCUGCACGCCUGGGGCCUCAACCCCGGCCUGGACCGGCUCUGCCUGGAGCGGCUGGGCAUGCUCAGACCCCACUGCGCCGUCUCCUUCGGGCUGCUCUCCAGGGGCGGCCACAUGUCCCUCAUGCUCCCCGGCUACAACCAGCCGCUGGGCGAGAGGCCGCCCGAGGGCCCGCCGGGGGGCGCCGAGGGGCUGGGCAAGGGCACCUACAGCGUGUCCAGGGCCGUCACCACCCAGCACCUGCUCUCUGUCAUCUCCCUGGCCAACACCCUCAUGAGCAUGACCAACGCCACCUUCAUCGGAGACCACAUGAAGAAAGGGCCCAGCAGGCCUCCCCGCCCAGGCACUCCGGAGAUGGCCAAGGUGAAGGCUGCUGCUGCCCUCUCCAGCCCCACAGCCCAAGGCCAGAUCAAGCAAGCUGCUGCUGCUGUUCCUUCUAGCACUGAAGGUGGCUCUGACUCUGCUCCUCCUUUCCAUCCCUGUUUCUUAGUCAAUGAAGGCUGGAGCCAGCUCGCUGCCAUGCACUGCGUGAUGCUGCCUGACCUGCUGGGGCUGGAGAAGUUCCGACCUCCCCUGCUGGAGAUGCUGGCUCGGCGGUGGCAGGACCGCUGCCUGGAGGUGCGGGAAGCUGCCCAGGCCCUGCUGCUGGCCGAGCUGCGGAGGAUCGAGCAGGCAGGGCGCAAGGAGACCAUCGACGCCUGGGCACCGUACCUGCCCCACUGCAUGGACACCGUCAUCUCCCCCGGGGUCAGCGCGGAGGCCGCCCAGCCUGGCACUGCCAGCCCGGAGUCCCUGGGCACAGAAGGGAAGUGCCAGGAAGAGGAACACGACCUGGGGGAUGAUGAGAUGGCAGCAGGUUGUCUCUCAGCCCUCCCCCAGCUGAAGAAGGUCUCCACCUCCUACGAGGAGCGGCGGAAGCAGGCCACGGCCAUCGUCCUGCUGGGGGUGAUUGGGGCAGAGUUUGGAGCUGAGAUUGAACCUCCCAAGCUCCUCACCAGGCCAAGGAGCUCCAGCCAGGUCCCAGAGGGCUUUGGUUUGACCAGUGGAGGAUCCAACUACUCCCUGGCCAGGCACACCUGCAAGGCGCUGACGUUCCUGCUGCUGCAGCCGCCCAGUGCCAGGCUGCCCGCCCACAGCACCCUGCGGCGCGCUGCCAUCGACCUGGUGGGCAGAGGCUUCACCGUCUGGGAGCCCUACAUGGACGUCUCUGCCGUGCUCAUGGGGCUGCUGGAGCUCUGUGCCGAGGCUGACAAGCACCUGGCCAACAUCCCCCUGGGCCUGCCCCUGAGCCCGGCCGCCGACUCCGCCCGCUCCGCCCGCCACGCCCUGGCCCUCAUCGCCACCGCCCGGCCCCCGGCCUUCAUCACCACCAUCGCCAGGGAGGUGCACCGGCACACGGCGCUGGCGGCCAACACCCAGUCCCAGCAGAACAUCCACACCACCACCCUGGCCAGGGCCAAGGGAGAGAUCCUCAGGGUGAUCGAGAUCCUCAUCGAGAAGAUGCCCACGGACGUGGUGGACCUGCUGGUGGAGGUGAUGGACAUCAUCAUGUACUGCCUGGAGGGCUCUCUGGUGAAGAAGAAAGGGCUCCAGGAGUGCUUCCCGGCCAUCUGCAGGUUCUACAUGGUCAGCUACUACGAGAGGAGUCACCGCAUCGCCGUGGGCGCUCGCCAGGGCUCGGUGGCUCUCUACGACAUCCGGACUGGCAAGUGCCAGACCAUCCACGGCCACAAGGGUCCCAUCACGGCGGUGGCCUUCGCGCCCGACGGCCGCUACCUGGCCACCUACUCCAACGCCGACAGCCACCUCUGCUUCUGGCAGAUGAACACCUCGCUGCUGGGCACCAUCGGCAUGCUGAACUCGGCGCCGCAGCUGCGCUGCGUCAAGACCUACCAGGUGCCCCCUGUGCCGCUGGCCUCGCCCGGCCCCCAGGCGGCCCUGCGCCUGGCACGCCUCAUCUGGACCUCCAACCGCAACCUCAUCCUCAUGGCGCACGACGGCAGGGAGCACCGCUUCGUCCUCUAG